CGGCCAUUACUGCGUUCCAGCGGCACAUUUUUUUUGUUUUGAUUUCUAUUUAACUAUAUUAUGGCUCUGGUAAACUAUGAAGGCAGUAGCAGUUCCAGUUCAGAAGACGACACACCAAAUCUGAUCAUAAAGGCGUUAAAAAGACCGGCUGCUCUGCCCACAGCUGCCGCCCUUUUGGGUCCCAAGAAGCAAAAACCUGUGGACGAGGAUGCCGAUGAAGUGGUAGAUGAUCCCGCUCUGCAUGGCGGACGUAUCCGAAGCUUCAAGCACGAGCGUGGCAACUGGGCCACUUAUGUGUAUGUGCCGGCAUUUGCGUGCGCCGAGCAGCUGGAGGAGUUCCAAGAGGAGGCCAUUGCCUGCCUGGCACCCGCAGUGGAAAUGCAAGCCAACGAGCCACUGCAUCUGAGUCUCAGCCGAACUGUGGUGCUGCAAUAUCAUCAGAUCGAUGAGUUUUCACGAUCCUUGCAGUUCGCACUGAACAGCACCACGGGCUUUGCUAGCACUCUUCGCGGCCUCAAGAUCUACACGAAUGUGGAGCGCUCGCGCACCUUUCUGGCCGUUCAGCUGGACGGAGCCUUCAACGAGAAAAUGCUCUCAAUCCUGCAGCCCAUUGACAAGGUAAUGCACGACUAUCGCCUGCAGAAGUUCUAUGCCCCGCCCUCGUUUCAUGUGAGCCUGCUCUGGUGUGUGGGCGACCACGAGGAAGUGCUAAACAGCAAGCUAAAGCAGCUGCGAGAGCUCCUCGAGGAUCAGGACACACUCCAGCUGUCUGUCAAUGAAAUACACUGCAAGUGUGGUAAAAAAGAUUUUACUUAUAAACUGAAAUAGAGUCUGAGUCAAUCAGUUGAU